AUGGCUUCUUCUUCUUCUUCUCAAGGAAAGCAUGAUGCGUUUCUUAGUUUCAGAGGUGAAGACACCCGCUAUGGCUUUACUAGCAAUCUGUAUCGUGCUUUGCGUGAAAAGAAUAUCCAAACCUACAUGGAUGAUCAAAAACUUGAAAGCGGCCAGGAAAUCUCACCACAACUUAUGAAAGCCAUUAGAGAAUCAAAGAUUUGGAUAAUAAUUUUCUCCAAAGACUUUGCUUCUUCCACAUGGUGUCUAGAUGAAGUGGUGAAAAUACUUGAAUGCAAGAGUGAUGGAAAUGUCAUACCCAUUUUUUAUGAAAUAGAACCAUCCAUUGUAAGGAAACAGGAAGAUAGUUAUGGUGUAGCAUUUGCUAAACACGAACAUCGUUUUAAGGAUAGAAUGGACAAGGUGCAACAGUGGAGGGAUGCUCUGAAAGAAGUGGCUGCUUUGAGCGGUUAUGAUUCGAAGAAUUUUAGGCCUGAGUAUAUGCUAGUUCAAAAAAUUGUUGAAGAUGUUUUAUUGAAAUUGCCUAAAUACCAUUUAACAAAUGAUAAUUUCAAGGGGAGCCUCAUUGGGAUUGAAGAGCGUAUCAUGGAAAUUGAAUUAUUAUUUUGCUCAAUGGAUGUUCGCAUCAUAGGUAUUUGGGGCAUGGGAGGUAUCGGUAAGACCACCCUUGCUAGUAUGGCAUUUCAAAAAUUUUCAUGUUCUCCUUUUGAUGGUUAUUGCUUUCUUAAGGAUGUAAGGGAAGAAUCCGAAAGACAUGGAAUAAAUCAUUUGAGAAAUAAACUUCUAUCUGUGUUAUUAAAGGAUGACACUAUUAUAAACACAGACACUCCAUUUGUAGUAUCAACUUUCAUUCAAGACAGAUUUCAUCAUAAAAAGGUCCUUGUUGUUUUAGAUGAUGUGGAUUCAGUAUCCACAUUACAAUAUUUACUUGACGGGUUUGACCAUUUUGUUGAUGGAAGUAGAAUCAUUGUCACAUCUAGAGAUGUCCAACUGCUUAGGACAAUGGCUGAUAAAAUCUAUGAGGUUAAGAGAUUAAAUGAUUUUGAAGCUCUUGAGCUCUUCCGCUUGCAUGCUUUUAGAAAAAAUUCUGAUCUUGUAGCAGAUUAUGAAACUUUAUCAAAAGAAGUGGCAAAUUAUGCGGAUGGCAAUCCAUUAGCUCUUAAAGUUUUGGGUUCUUUAGUUUACUCCAAAAGCAAAAAAGAAUGGGAAAGUGCAUUAGGUAAGCUGCAAAUAGGUCCAAAUAAGGACAUUCAAAAAGUGUUGAAAAUAAGUUUUGAUGGAUUAGGCGACAAAGGCAUCCAGGAUAUAUUUCUUGACAUUGCAUGCUUCUUUAAUGAUGAAGUUGAUAGAGAACAUGUAGAAAGCAUAUUACAUCGAAGUGAGCAUUCUGAUGCAACGAUUGGAAUAAGUGUUCUCAUUGAUAAGUCCUUAAUAGUUGAAUAUCAAAAAAGAUUGUCCAUGCAUGCUUUACUACGACAAAUGGGUAAGGCCAUUGUUUGUGAUGAAAACAAAGAACCAGGAAAUCGUAGUAGAUUGUGGAUUGCCAAGGAUGUUUGCCAUGUACUUGAAAGAAAUACGGGAAGCUCUGAAAUGGAAGGCAUGUUAUUAAGUCAGUCGGAGCUUAAAAAGGAUUUAAAUGUGAGGUCUACAGCAUUCUCAAAAAUGCAUCAUCUAAGAUUUCUUAGAAUGCAUUUUGAUGAAAGAUUUGAUUAUAGAGCCUUACUCCUAAAAAAAGAAUUGUGCAAAGAAAUAUAUCUUCCUUCGGAAGAGAAUCUUGUUGAACUUGUUAUGCGUGGCAGCCAACUUGUGGAGAUAGAUUGGAAUGAAAACCAGCCCAUUGGGAAGUUAAAGAAGUUGGAUCUUAGUCAUUCUCAGCACCUUAUUGGAAUACCAAAUUUGAGUGGGGCUAUAAGUCUUGAAACCUUAAAUCUUGAAGGUUGUAAAAGAUUGGUUAAAGUUCCUUCAUAUUUAAAAAAUCUGGACAAGCUUCAAUGUCUAGAUUUGAGUGAUUGCCAGAAUCUGAAAGAUGGCAUAGAAUAUCUUCCAUUAAAUAUAAGGAACUUAAGAUUGGGCGGGACAGCAAUAGAGGAAGUGCCAUCAUCAAUUGGGUGUCUUUUGGGUCUCUUAUAUUUAGUUUUGAAAAAUUGCAAAAGACUUAAAAGUCAACCAGAAAAUAUUUGGAAGUUGGAACAUCUGAAAUAUCUAGAUCUUGGCGAUUGCCUAAACCUAGAAAAGCUUCCAGAAAUCUCGAAUGAUCGUAUAAGUUCAUCUCUACGAAAUUUGAGUAUAAGUGGUUGUAAGAGAUUGAAAUCAAUAACAGAGCUUCCAUCAUCUUUAACAAUUUUAUCUGCAUAUAACUGCUCAUCGCUGCAGACCAUAUCAAGCUGGAGGACUCCAACAGCACAAGAUUUAUUGGGUGAAGAAUGUUGCGUUCAUGCUUCUGAUCGCCAAGAUAAAAAAAAACGACACAAAGGGUACGAGUAUAGGUUUGACAAUUGUUUAAAAUUGGAUCACAACACGCGCAACAACCUAAUUGCUUAUGGUGCGCAUCGGAGAAUUUUGUGUGCUGCUCAGGAUAUUGAUGAUAUUUCCUUUAUUAAAACGGUGUAUCCAGGGGAUGAAAUCCCAGAGUGGUUCAGCUAUCAAACAGAUGGUGGGAACUCAAUCCAAAUCCGGCUUCCUCCUAAUUGGUUUGAUGUUAGUGAUCCAUAUUUCAAAAUCGCAUUUUGUGCUGCUUUUGUGUUAAAUAAAUCUGGGCCGCUAACUUAUAUCGAAUUCGAGUUCGAUUUCAAGACCAACAAGAUCAACGGUAAUGAGCAUGUUUACAAUCACAAUGAUUGUUGGUCGCAUCUAGCAAUUACCAAUCCAAAUGAUCAUCACGUCUUCAUAAGUUACCAGACCAUCGAUUUGAGACGUGUAUUUGGGGAAAACUGGUCCUCUUUUUGUAGCAAUGUCACCAAGGCUUCUUUCCGUGUGUUUAUUUGGGGAGCAAAUGUCAUCACUUGGAAGAUCAAUAAGUGUGGUUUCGAGUUGUUAAAAUAA